GUUCCUCACUGCUUUUGCAUCAAUCCGCGGCUCCUGUGGUGUUUGGUGGGAUUCCGCAAUCCGGAUACAACAUUUUGGGGGCUCGUCCGGGAUCCCCCGAGCCCUUCAGGAUCCGCGCUUCGGAGGACGAACGGCCGGCAGCGGCAGCCACGGAGAUCCUAGUGGCUGAAGAAAAGAAAAAGCCUCCGGCUGCCCCCUCCGCCCCUGUUUUGCAGGAAGAUUCGACUCUCGAUCUCCUUAUCACACCUCCACCAUACUCUCUCCCUCCUCCUAUUCAGCCCGAACCCCCACUCCCCCAACCUUCCCCAGAAGCGGCUGGGAGAGGACCUGCAAUGAACACCAGAAAUCGUAGGGCCGCCUCCCCUGGGGGGCCUGCCGACUCUACUUCAGCAGCUAUUCUUCCUCUCAGGGCUCUGGGUCCCCCUGAUGCUGAUAGAAAUCAGCCCCUUCAAUAUUGGCCCUUUUCUACUAGUGAUUUGUACAAUUGGAGGACCCAGAAUGCCCCAUUUUCAGAGAGACCUAAAGAGCUUAUUAAUUUGGUAGAAACUGUUCUGUUCACUCAUCAACCUACAUGGGACGAUUGUCAGCAGCUACUCCAGAUGUUAUUCACCACAGAAGAAAGAGAAAGGAUCCAGCUAGAGGUGCACAAAGACAUUUGGAAACGGCUAGAAGCCCUACACCUCACCAAGCCACCGCCGGAACCGCAUCGUUUCCAGCCAGGAGAUUGGGUCUAUGUGCGAAGACACCACUCAGGCACCCUCGAACCACGCUGGAAAGGACCCUACUCCGUCAUCUUGGUCACACCAACGGCCCUCAAAGUAGACGGUAUAUCAACGUGGGUCCACUUCUCGCAUGUGAGGCCUGCUGAUCCUUUCACUGACAUCCACGAGGUUCUGCCACAAUGGAGAGUUUCCAAGCAUUCGGACAAUCCACUCAAGUUAAAACUUCAGAAACGCCCCAGAGAAGUAUCUCCCUCUUAAGGUACUUUGUGCUCUGGGCAGCCAUCCAAGGGCUUACCUCAGCCAAUUCCCAUCAUCCAGUUAACAUGACUUGGGUGGUCUACAACCCUGAGACCAGAGAACUACUUAAUUCGAGUUCCAGUGUAGCCCCCAAAGGGACAUGGUGGCCUGUAUUGACCUUUGAUUUAUGCGUCCUGGCAGCCGACAUCAACGGCUUCCAUGGUCCCAGUCAACUGAGUGACUUCAUCGGGAGCCCUCAGUUUGGGACCCUCGGCCUUUUUGACUGGGCCUUCCAGGGAGACACACCAUGCACAAAACCAACACCCGUAUAUGUCUGCCCGGGGGGAGGAAGGGAUCGGAACCAAAUCGCAAAAUGUGGGGGAGUUGAUUCUUUUUAUUGCGCCGCCUGGGGAUGUGAAACUACAGGAACGGCCCAUUGGCUCACCGAUCCCGUCAAAGACCUCAUUCAGGUAAAAUUACCCCAAGACUUCCCACCAUGUAAGACGCUGUCGUCUAAACCUGGACAAUGUUUUCCAUUACAGAUUAAGUUCACUGAUGAGGGGAAAAAGUUUACCAGGUGGGAUGUAGGCAGAGCCUGGGGCCUACGUCUUUAUCAGAUUGGAUUCGAUAAUGGAUUCCGGUUUGAGAUCAAAUUACAGCUGGGACCACUCUAUUUGGCCCCCACGGUAGCUUUGGGACCAAACCAGGUGAUAGCCCCAAAACCUUCCCAGAUGACAACCCCAAAACCUCCCUCCCAGAACCAAAGUCGUAUACUGGACCUACUCCACACACUCCCCCCAUAGCUCCCCCCAUAGUUGACAUGUUCCCCCCCCCCCCCCACAGAACCCCCUUAUAAAAAUGAUCUCCUCAGCUUACCUUACCCUUAAUGCCUCUCGUCUGGACUUAACAAAUGGUUGCUGGCUCUGAUAUAAUAUUAGGCCUCCUUAUUAUGAGGCAGUUGCUUUUUCUUCAGGAUUCAAUAUGACUGCCGAUGUCUCAGCCUGUAGAUGGCAGCAACAACCUGGUACGGGCCGCCUGACAGUAAGCUCCAUUACGGAUAUAGGCACCUGCAUAGGAGCUUAUGUUUCUAUGCUGAGACUUAUCAACACCUAUGUAAUCACACAGUCUCUAUGACUAACCUCACUAAUUCCACUCACCAGUGGAUCAUCCCACCAAAAAAUGGGUGGUGGGCUUGCUCCGCCAGACUAACUCCGUGUGCUUAUCAGGCAGCACUAAAAACCUCCCAAGAUUUCUGUGUCCUAGUCCAUCUAAUCCCCCGGCUGAACUAUUAUUCAGAAGAAGAACUGCAACCAAGGUUAGAGACACCAGGUCAGUAUAGGGUAAAAAGAGAACCCGUCACUGCCCUAACUUUAACCGUCCUGUUGGGAUUGGGGGCUAUAGGAACUGGAAGUGGAAUUGCAGCCUUAACGCUCCAAGAUAAACAGUAUAGCCAGCUAAGGGCUGCAAUAGAUGAAGAUAUUGAACAGCUCGAAAAAUCCAUUUCCCACCUCCAAGAAUCCUUAAGUUCUCUGGCUGAGGUAGUGUUACAAAAUAGAAGGGGUUUAGAUCUGCUGUUCUUACAACAAGGAGGACUAUGUGCAGCCCUAUGAGAAGAAUGCUGUUUUUAUAUUGACCAUUCAGGAGUAGUACAGAAAUCUCUUCAAAAAGUUAGAGAAGGCCUAAGCAGGCAAAAACAAGAAAGAGAAAAUGAACAAUCAUGGUUUGAGUCUUGGUUUAAUACUUCCCCUUGGUUGACUACCCUGAUUUCUUCUCUAUUAGGACCCCUCAUUCUACUGUUAUUAAUCUUAACUAUAGGUCCUUGCAUAUUAAAUAGAAUUAUGUCCUUUGUAAAGGAUAGAUUCAAUACCAUUCACCUGAUGUUACUCAGAUCUCAGUAUUCGACUGUCCCCACAGACGAUAUAGAAGACCCAUGAUUGGGCCUUCCAUAGGAACAAAGAGAGGGGGAAAUGUGAAAGAAAAAUUCAAAACAACUCCAUUUUAGAUAGCACUGCCAUUCUGAGUGAAAACCCCUCCCGAGAAGAAGAAAAAAACUUUUUCAAACCAACCAAUCAGAAGGAGACAAGUUGCCCUCCACCCCUAGGCAAUCUAAGAAGGGCGGGAAAGUCCCUCACCCCACCAAGACUUCCCGCUUCCCCUGCUGCACAAUAUGAAUUAACCAAUCCCCUUAAGCUUCCCUUCCCACUUCCCCUGCUAUACAGUAUAAAAAAGAUUCGCUGCUUUCACUCGGGGCUCCUUUGCCAUUGUGUGAAGAGAGUCCCUGCUCGAGCUUGUAAUAAAGUU